GUUUUGGCGUUGUGUAUUUCGGGUUGACAAAAUGGGACACCAUGACGCAGUGGAACCCAUGGACACAUCAGAGACCCCGUUGUUUUGGUAUUACCUGGCGAGCUGCGGCAGGUGGCACAGAUUCGAGGAUGACCCCGAUGGCCCCCUCAAGAGUGAGGACAUCGAGAAGACAUUUGCAAGAAACCCGAAAGGGGCGUUGGUCGUGUCUUCACCCACAUGUCACAUCACGAUAGAUUUCUCAGCGUCGCUCCUGACCGACUCCAUCAGAGGGAAAACGAGUGUCCUCCGCGGGUACAGCGUCGAGAGAAGCUGCUCCUGUUUCUGUGCCGCUCCCGUUCACUGGGAAAGGGUUGACCUCGCUUGCCCUUACCAGUUAAUGCCUCUGAAUGAACUCAGCAUGGAGUAUCAGACUGUGGCGGACUAUGUGAAGACCGAGGGGCUGUUGCACAGAUCCACUGUAUCAAUCAGUAGGAUACAGAACAUGGAUCUGUGGGAAAUGUACUGUCGGAAAAACAAGCAGCUGGUGAGAAUCCACGGCAACAUUCUGGAGAAAAGACUCUUUCAUGGGACAAAAAUCGAAAAUGUCCACAGCAUUUGCACACAUAACUUUGAUUUAGGGUUAUCUGGACAGGGAGCCUAUGGCAGUGGAAUAUAUUUUGCAAAACACGCAUCGUACUCGGACAGGUACGCCAUGAGCAGCACGGAUCCGUUGCCGUUCUAUGGCGCCGAGGCGCCAGGUUCACCGGGUCAACGCACCCAAGUCAUGUUUUUGGCUCGGGUGAUCGUCGGAAAGUCAACUGUUGGACACGGGCAUUUCCGAAAACCCAACCAUGGCAGUUCAAUAAACUCUCACAACAGCUGUGUGGAUGAUCUCUCAAAUCCAAAAAUAUUUGUGAUUUUUGAUGCAAAUCAAAUAUAUCCAGAGUAUUUGAUUCAGUACAAGUGACGUCAAAACGAAGACCUUGAGCAGGUGCAAUGUCUACCUUCAAGAAAGCAAAGGUUGAAAUCUGUUCAGAACAAUAUUACACAGCUUUCUGUUUGCUCUUAAAACAAAGGAGCUUCAUGAAUAAAUUCCUCGU